AUGCGUUGCGAUCUAUGCUCGACGCACCCCCGCGGUCGCAUCUGCACCCAUGGGAGUUCCCGUUGCACCCGUGGCAGCGCGUACAUGCUGACUUUGCAGACAGUGGGGGGAAACGGUUUUGCGGAAAAUGCCGUCAAAACUAUUAAAAAAACAAUAAAAAGAGCACUGUACGAAGGCGAGGAUCUUAACGCGACUCUUAUUAAAUUCCUUUUAGAAUAUCGCAACUGUGAGCACGCAACGACAGGCGUCUCACCGGCGGUGGCACUACAGGGCAGGAGGCUGCGCGGCCGGCUGGACGCACUGCGGCCAGACGUGGUGGCCGCAGUGUGCUCUAAGCAAGAGCAGCAGGUAGCACGCACCGCCGGCGCACAUAGGGAGUUUCGCGUGGGGGAUGCGGUCGCACGUGACUACAGAACGAAGGGAAGCAAGUGGGCUGAAGCUAUAAUUGUUAAGAAGACGGGACCGGUCUCUUAUAAAGUCGACUUAGGAAAUGGUGUAGAGUGGCGUAGAAAUGUUGACCAAGUUACG